AUGUCUUCCCCUCCAAAUUCCAGCUCGGCUCCAGUGGAGGAUGCACAGAAGGAUGCACCAGCCGAGGGCGCCUCGCAUACCAUCGAGACCGCCGAGACGCAAAACGUGAGAGUGCAGGACGCUAAACCCAAAGAUGGCAAGAAGAAAUCGAAGAAACGCAGCGCUGGAGCGAAGAAACGCGGGACCGGAUUUGAGGAAUUUUACUGCGACCCGCCGUUGACUGUGGCCGAGCACAGCGAAGAGAAGCACGUCAUCUACCCGCCGCAUCGCCCCUUCGUAGACCGCAUCGAGGAAUGCAUUCAGCGGUUCCGUGCCCGCCGCCGCAUGAGUCCAGAGCGCGAAGUUCUGUUUUCCAGAUACCUUGUCCUCGGUGGCAUCGACGCCACCGUGAGACAAUUUCAAGGCACCCGGAACAUUGGCGAUGAUGUCCUCGCAGACUCGACCAAAAGCGCUAUCCGAGAAAUGACGGCCGACGACGUGAUUCAGCGUGGCGCAGAUGGUAACCGCAGCGUCCGGUUUUACAACCCGAACUAUCCCGACCAUUGGGAUGUCGACUUCACUGGCGUCGCCGCGGGAUUCGUGUCUGAACAUCUCCCCCAGUUGGUAGGCGCUAAGACCGAACAAUUCUUCAUGGGGGUUGAUGUGGUUCUCAACUUUCUCAAAUAUGUUGAUCGACACGACGUAUGCCCCGAGUAUGCCGACGAUGUCAGGGCGGCCCAAAAGGUUUGCCUGAAGGCUCUGGAAGAGUUACCGGCUAUCACGGAGCUUCUGCGGCGGCUCCCGGGACAUUUCAACACCGCCAUCAGGGUGCUGCAUAUGAAGCCAGAGGACGACGACUCUUCGUAUUUCAGCGCUUCUUUGGAUCAAGCAUUGCCCGAUAUCAAGUACGCCAGAGCCAGCCAGGCCGCCACGGUAUCGAUCCUGAUGGGACCCAACCGCUUCCCAGCGGACUGCGAGUGGUCUGUCACCGACAAGACCGAGCAAACCUUCGAGGUCCUCAGUAUCGACCCCCCGAGCGACGCCACGCGCGCCAAGUACAAGACCAUCAACCAGCACCUCACCAGCUUCCCCGACAUCCCGACCUGCGGCACCAUUACCGCCCGCCCGGUCAUCAUCUGCGAGGGCUGGGACAACGCGGCGACCACUAGCCCGCCCGAGGCCGGCAAGAAGUGCCAGUUCGUGCUGGAAGAGGGCAUCCUCCGCCUCUUGGUGGUGGGCAUGAAGCUGACCAUGGGCGUCUGCACGCUGAACGUCGGCCUCAAGUUCAUCCAGUACAUCAGGGGGAUCCGGCCGAGCUUUUACCUGUUCUUGCCGCAGGAGCUGAUGUUUCAGUACAAGGAGCCGGUCCCGAACGACCGCCCUGCGCGAAGCGUCUACGACCGUGAGGAUGAGGGUGAUGACGUGGGGGGUCAAGAUGACUGA